CGCUUCAGUCGGGCUGGCAGCUGCCGGGCUGCGCUCGGACCGCCUCACGGGGAGCGCCCCCCCCCGCCGCCUCCCCGCCCCCGGGGCAGCCCAGCCCCGACGGAGCCCGCCGCGCCCGGCUCUCGAUGGGGCUGAGCGCGGCGGCGGCUGCGGGCUGUGGCGGCGGAGGCUGAGCGCGCCCCGCGCGGGGGGCAGCGGGCAUGGCCGCGGGCGGGCGGGGGCCGGCCCAGCCGUAGCCGCGGGCCACAGCGCCCGGCCGCGGCCAUGGAGCGCCGGUGAGCGCCGCCGCCGCCGCCGCCGAGUCGCCGGGAGACAAUGGCCCUGCACAAACUCUGCUCGGUGCUGGAAGUGUUGCUAGUAACAAUCCUUGUAGUGGAAGGGAUUGCCGUUGCACAGAAGACACAAGGUGGGCAAAAUAUUGGAGUGAAUCGCAUUCCUCCUACCCAGUGUGACAAUUGGGUACGGACAAGUAAUGGAGGACAUUUUGCUUCACCAAACUACCCUAACCUGUACCCACCAAAUCAAGAGUGCAUCUAUAUCUUAGAAGCUGCUCCACGACAAAGAAUUGAGCUGACCUUUGAUGAACCUUAUUACAUAGAACCCUCAUUUGAAUGUCGGUUUGAUCAUCUGGAGAUUCGAGAUGGACCUUUUGGUUUCUCCCCUCUUAUUAAUCGUUACUGUGGUCUGAAAAGUCCUGCACUAAUUAGAUCAACAGGGAGAUUUAUGUGGAUCAAGUUUACUUCUGAUGAGGAGCUGGAGGGAAAGGGGUUUCAAGCAAAGUACUCAUUUAUACCAGAUCCCGACUUCACUUACCUAGGAGGUAUUUUAAAUCCCAUUCCAGAUUGCCAGUUUGAACUCUCAGGAGCUGAUGGAAUCGUACGUUCCAGUCAAGUAGAACAAGAAGGAAAAACAAAACCGGGACAAGCAGUAGACUGCAUAUGGACAAUUAAAGCUACUCCAAAUGCUAAGAUUUAUUUGCGAUUUCUCGACUAUCAAAUGGAGCAUUCAAAUGAAUGCAAAAGAAACUUUGUUGCUGUAUAUGAUGGAAGUAGUUCUAUUGAAAACCUGAAGGCAAAGUUUUGCAGCACCGUAGCAAAUGAUGUCAUGUUGCAGACUGGGACAGGCGUGGUACGAAUGUGGGCAGAUGAAGGCAGUAGGCUAAGCAGAUUCAGAAUGCUGUUCACUUCAUUUGUGGAUCCUCCCUGCUCAGGCAACACUUACUUCUGCCAUAGCAACAUGUGCAUCAAUAAUUCUUUAGUCUGCAAUGGCAUUCAAAACUGUGCAUACCCUUGGGAUGAAAAUCACUGCAGAGAAAAGAAAAAGACUGGAUUGUUUGAGCAAAUCACCAAAACUCAUGGAACAAUCAUUGGCAUCACAUCAGGGAUAGUUUUAGUUCUUCUCAUCAUUUCAAUUCUAGUACAAGUAAAGCAACCUCGCAAAAAGGUAAUGGCUUGCAAGACUGCUUUCAAUAAAACUGGUUUCCAAGAAGUAUUUGAUCCUCCACAUUAUGAACUAUUUUCACUAAGGGACAAAGAAAUUUCUGCGGAUUUGGCGGAUUUAUCAGAAGAACUUGAAAACUACCAGAAAAUGAGACGCCCUUCAACAGCUUCCAGAUGCAUUCAUGACCACCACUGUGGCUCCCAGGCCUCUAAUAUAAAACAAAGCAGGACAAACCUCAGCUCCAUGGAACUUCCCUUUCGCAAUGAUUUUGCACAGCCUCAGCCAAUGAAAACGUUUAAUAGCACAUUCAAGAAAAGUAGUUACACCUUCAAACAAGCGCAUGAUUGCCCUGAGCAAGUCAUAGAAGACAGGGUGAUGGAGGAGAUUCCAUGUGAAAUCUAUGUUAGAGGAAGAGAAGAUACGGCACAAGGUUCAUUAUCUAUUGACUUUUAAUUUCCUAGUGAAGGUGGUAUCAGUGUAUAUACAAGAUGCUUGUGUAUAAUGACAGUGUAUAUAUUAAAAGUGUACUAUAUGCAGCGUGUGAUAUGCACACACUUUUAGCUUAUUAUACUUCAUUUAAAAAAAAAAAAAAGUCUUCAUAACUAAUUCUUGAUGGAAAAUGGUGGAUUUCCUCCCAUCUUUCCAAGCUACCUAUCUGGUGGAGGAAAAAGACAGAGACUUUGCAUGGCAAAUACAAGUUAAGAAUAUUGGAAGAAAAAAAAACAACUACUAAUCAGUGAACACUGAAAUCAAUGACUACUAUUUUCUUCCUCAUAUCAUUUUCUCUUCUUUAGAUGUCUGCUUUUCAAGACAAUUUUAAUACCUCAGUUACAUAAAUAAAAGUAGUUAAGUGCACCACGUGUAUGUCAACAUAGAUGUCUUACUGUAUUUGUCAAAUUGAAAGUAGAGUUAGUGUUAAGUGCCAGUUAAGACUCAAGAAUUACGUUACAGCCAUCUGUUUCAUCUUGCCAACCAUUUAUAUUGCCUUUAAUUAUAAGUUCCUCACUCUGCUUUGUGAGAAAUAAGUGUAAAGGAUUACUGCCUUUUAAAAAUAUUGAGUUAUAUUAAUUUUAGUAUAUUUGGAAAUAUAUAAUCUUUGCAGCUUUUGGUUUAAAACACAAGUACUCGUGUUAUUCUAGAUGCAGACUUACAACAGUUUUCUUUCAAGAAGGUUUAGGAUUUUAAAAUACUCUGCCAUAUAUUAUAGAUCCAUAUGGCUCACUGAUUUCACAGCUCUGUAAUUAGAAAACAGUUUUGUUCCUGCAUUUUCCAAGUAUUUACAUAAAUAGACUGUACUGUACAUUUGUCUCUUAAAAUAGCCUUUUACUCCUUAUUGCAGCCAAUCUUCCCUACUGAAAUCAGUGAUGAUACUUUUAGCUCGUGUCCUACUUGCCUGAAGAGAACUGCUCUAAGGUCUGUGUGAUUACCAAGUGUAUGUGAAGAUACUGGAAACAAAGAAAAAUCACAAAGCAACUCUUAUUUAUCCUUAUGGAACCCUUAUUGUGCCCCUUGUUUCCACUUGCAAAAUUGCACAUUUCAUACCUUUUUUAAUGGUGGUUUGGACCUAAUUUUAAAAUUUUUACAAUAUAGAAAAAUUUUUAAAAUAUUAUAAUUCUCAUUGUGAUUUUUAAACUUUUUAUAUAGUUUGAUACUGUACAGACUAUUUAUUAAAUCAAAAUAUAGCACCUGUACAGCAGGCUUGUUUCAGUGUCCCUAUUAGCAGCUCUGAAUAACAUGCAGCGGCUGCUGCAUACAUCACAAUUUACCAAGAAUACUUAAUAUGACUUCCACAUUAGCCUACACUUUAUUCCCUGGUUUGUUUGGGUUUAUUCUGAUAUUUUCUUAACAGGAAACCUUUCACUAAAGAUGACCUACCAGCUUGUACUGGGCAUAUCUUUUAUUUACAAACGUAUGUUUGUUAUAUUGACUGUAGUACAAAAAAAAAAAAAAAAUGACCCUAGCAACUGAAAAAUCUUUUCUUUAAAAUAAAAAAAUGAGCAGCAGUAAUCACAGAUUUACAUCAGAAUGACAAAGAAAAAAGAUAUUUUUUACAAAUGCUUAGAAUCUAAGAAGUUUAAGGGGAGAAAAAAAAAAAAAAAGGGGGGUGUGUGUAUGGAAUUGAGUAUCUUCAACACUUCCCAAAUUCAGAAUGAGCCCUGUCUAAUAUCUAUAAAGAACUUAAUCAGAGGUUCAUAGACCAGACCCCUAAGGCUGUAUCCGGGUGUCAGUUUUUGUGCUGGUCCCAGAAUGCAUUUAAAUUUGAGAGAAUGAAAAUUAGCAUUAUUUUUAGAUGCACUUCAUGCAGAAGACAAGUGUUUAAAAAUCUAGUUAAUUUUGACUUGAAAAUUUUUGAAUGUUUAAUUAAAACAUUUCUUGACCGAUUUCAUUUACUUCUUACUGAUUUCAGUAAUAAAUAUCUCACCAUGACCUAUAUGAUACACAAUGUUAUUUGCGACAGUCUCUUAGUUCCAGAUUCUGUCAACAAGUAAUAUGUAGUUUUACACAGGUCAUUUUUGCCUAUAUAACUCUUGUAGGUGCUAGGUUUGCAUGAUUAGAUUUUCUUUUUAAGGUAUAUUUGUCCAUGUGAUAAAAAUAAUGUGAUCCCUAUUCUUUCUUAAGUUAUGUUGUCUUUGAAAAGUAAACCUGCAAUAAUAAAACAAAUAGCAAGCCUGCAAAGCCCAAGUCUGUCAAAAAGAAGGGGAAAACCUCUGUUGAAUCAGUUCCCAAAUGACCUGAAUAAUAUUUCAGUCAAAGUUGGAACUUUUCGGUUACAUGGACAGAACACGGCUGCUUUUUGGCUACCCCAGAGCACAUAGCUGAGGUCCCAUAACCAGUCAUAUCUUCCGUGCAUAACUUUUCCCAAUAUUCCCAAAUCCAGCUCUACAAGAUUCACUUUCCCCCCUUCCUUGCUUUCUAAUCUGGGUUUUUUUGUCCUUAGUAUGAAGGCAAGAUACUCUUGCCUAGUUAACACCUGCUCCUGAUUCGCAAUAGAGUGCAAAAACUCUCCUGGAGGGAGCUUUGCAGGAUUUCUGUAAUAGCAGACCCAACACUUACUCUGGCAAUAGCUGUGGACUUGAACAGAUCCCAGAGAGAAACCCAAAGGGAUAAUGAUUUCCAUAGGUUUCUAUGAAUAUUAAGGGCAGGAAAAUUAAAUACCAGUCCUUGUUUUAUUAGAAGCAAGGUGAAAUUAACAUUGAACCUAGAAGUCUGAAAGGGAAACUUGCAUGUGGUGUGUUUAAAAACUAGUAUGCCUAUACACCUUACUGUAAUGUUGGGUUCAAUUAAUUAGCUGUGCUUUAAGAAUGAGUGGUAACUAUUAAAGCCAUAAUUCCACUUCCAGUGUAAUUAAAUUCCUUUCACUACAGAGAAAAAUUAAGUGGGUGGACUGCUUGGUAUUAGAGUGCAGAAAGCUGACAUUUUCAGCAAAAUAAUCUAAUUUUGGUUUUGCAGUCUCAAUCCAGUUGGAGCUGAUGUGGUCUUUAAACUUUUUUUUUUGGCAUUAACAAACCCCAUCCACUGUCAUACUUUUGCAAUAUCUAAGUAGUAUUACUGUAUUUCCAUUGUCACCAUCUUAAAGCGAUACAUUUCUGGGAGCAUUCUGAUUUUGCACUCAAUUGUACCCGUAUCUCUGAUACCUUGUGUUAACAAUACAUUCCUUAUUAGUCAAUCCCGAUGUAUCUGUUCACAGCAACACUCAGUCAAAUCCGUUUACUGUUACAUGUCCUUAUUUCAAAGUUUAUGUAUGAGCCCUGUGAUUGUAGACUCUUUACCAAAACAAAAUUUCUUAUCUGUGUCAGCCUGAAAGAUAAGAUGAUUUUACAUUGAGAUCACACUGUUAAAACUGAGUAUUAAUUAUAAUGCAACAAGGGAUUUUAAAACCAAAAACCUUUCUUUGAUUUGAUUUAUGCUUUGAGAAAUUGGUAUUUAUAGCACCUAUCUCAAUUUGACAAUAUAAAUCUCUUAUCUUUAAAACUGCUGUUUCUGUUGUUUCCAAUGAUGAUCUCUAUAGUGUAAAUCCCACCCUAUAAAUACACAAAUAAAUUACAUGUCAAUAUGCUCUAA